CGAACUCCAGAGGUGAUAGACGAAUUUAUCAGAGGAUUUAUAUUCAAAAGCAAUCGUUAUCACGUCCUUGAUAACUCGAUGAUCAACUGAGCCUUCAAAUCAACUGAAAACAGGAUUAAUAUAUUCACUAAUUACCGAUGAAUUAAAUUGAGGUCAACUCCUGGAUCUGGCGCAACAAUCGUAAUGAAUUGAGGUUAUUCCUGUAUAAACAAUGGAUAAUUCACUUGAUAACGCGGAUCUCAGGCAGCAUAAUGACUUCUUAAUGAAGUACCAGAGUAUCAACAACAAAUUAAAGAAGAGAUUCCUGAGGAAUCCAAACAUAACAGAAGCCAGUGAACAAUUCAACUCUUUAGCACUUAAUUGCGAGCAGGAAGAGGCUUGGCAAUACGCAGGCCUCUGUUCAACAGCUGUGGCACGUUGUUACCACACCCUCGGGGACACGGAGUCGGAGAUAAAUAAUUUAUUGAGAGCAGGUAGACAUUUCCUGACGGCUGACAAACAGAACUGGAGCAUUGGAUGUCCUUCAGUUGGUCAGGAGAACUUUCAGGCCGCCACCAGCUGUUUCUCCGAUGCCGUUCAAGCCUGUCAUAAUUCCCCUGAAUUCAGUGCCACUGCUGCUGGAGCAAUCCUGGAACUCGCCAUCGCCCUGGGACCAACUCCAGCUGCUGGACAAUUCGUCAAAAAAUCCAUUGGAAUUUUUCCAACAGCUCAAGCAUUCGAUUUGCUACUGUCUUAUUACAUAAAACAAGGAGAUCAUACCUCCGCUCUGAACCUCUGUACUGAGUUCAUGGAUUUGUUGGAGUCAUCAGCUGCUUCGAAUCAUUCAGCUCGUUACAGAAUAUUCAUACGCAAAAUAGAGAUCAAUCGACUUUUGCUGAUAUUAAUUCAGCAGUUGACUGUUCAGAGAUUGUCCCCGGGAAUUUCUGAAGUUCUGGAGAGAUUUACGUCGAUUGAAGACAAUUGGAGUGCAAAUUCCCAUUUGAGUGAAGACGAAUUUAUUCUCCUCCAGUCGUUAGUCCUCGCCUGUCAAUCAAAGGACUCUCACUCCCUCCUCGCCUUGGAGAACGAUUUAUGGAAUUACUUGAAUACAGAGCAAAAAGAUUUACUACGCCAACUAGUGAAGAUUGUAACAACAGAAUAAUCUAAUUACUGGCCACAAAAAAA